AUGGCGGCAAAAAGCAGACGGAUUUAUAGGUCAUCAAGCGGUGGAGAUUUUCUCAACACCUCCGUACGGCCGAUCGAGUCUCCGGUUCCGGUAGCUAUGUGGCCGGCGAAGAGGCGACCCAUUGAUUCUGAAUUAGAUGCAAAAAAAGGCAGUUCCACAACAGGAAAAGGCAUGAAUAUUGAGAAGUUGAGUGAGCCAGUUACUGUGGCAAAACAACCUCCGCGAAAGAGUAUUUUUACUUUGGAGUCGUCACCUGUCGUGAAGGAGAAGAACAACGAUGAAGAUGAUGACGAUGAUGUCGAGAAAGGGCAUCAACAACAUGGGGCAUUCUUUGAGGUCUGUGCCUUGUGCAAGAAAAAAACUGAAGAGGACGUGUACAUGUACGAUUAUCUACAAGCAUUUUGCUCACCCGAAUGCCGCGACAAACAAAUUGCUGUGAAUGAGAAAUUGAGGCCUCCUUCUUCAGAAUCAAGAGCAACAACAACUAAAUCAGUGGCAAGCUCAGUUAAACCAGGAUUUGGCACUNUAAGUAAUUUCGUUAUCUACAAGCAUUUUGCUCACCCGAAUGCCGCGACAAACAAAUUGAGGCCUCCUUCUUCAGAACCAAGAGCAACAACAACUAAAUCAGUGGCAAGCUCAGUUAAACCAGGAUUUGGCACUCAAUUGGAAAAAAGGACUGAAAUUUCCAAGUUUAAGUAG